UAUCAGUCAUUGUACAAUAUGAAGCAGGUUGCGCUCGUCGUCCUCUCUCUUCUUUCUUGGCAUUGUCUCGCUUGUCCAUUCCCGCCCCCAUGUCGAUGUGAUGCCAGCUCUUCCACUGUGUACUGUAGAAGCUUAAAUCUAACAUCGGUUCCACGGAUUACCCCAAUCAACGGCUCGUGGACAAUUUUCCUAGAUGACAACCAUCUGAAUAAUUUACCAGCAAAUGUGUUUCUUGGGAUAAAGGUGCAUAUGUUGGUCUUAGAUAACAACGAAAUAGAAAGGAUAGACGAACAAGCCUUUAGUGGAAGCGAGGAUUCUUUGAUCUUUUUGGACAUCAUUGGAAAUAAAUUAUCAUCGUUGCCAAAAGCAAUUGCAGGACUUAAUAAAAUAAUGUCACUCUCCGUCUCCAGAAACCCAUUGUCUGAUUUAGAUGAACACGUCGUGCUGAACAUUUCCAAGUCCUUAAUGUUUUUAGACUUUGGAUCGAGUGAAAUGCUGGAAUGGCCGAAAAGUAUGAAAUAUCUUACAAACCUUGCUUCCAUCGAUAUAUCGGAUUUAACAUUCCCCAGCCUCCCGGACGACGUAUUCCAGCCAUGCGUGACGUCCUUGAACGUCCUCGGAUUACACAACACAAGCGUAACAAGGCUUCCCUCUUCAAUUACCAAGUUGGAAGCUCUUCAGAAUAUCAAAUUAAAUGGAAAUCAUAACUUGUCAUCUGAAGCAAUAUCCAAAAUGGUGUCCAACCGUCUCCCCGGUUUAAUUGACGUGACAUUCCAAAACAACGGCUUAGAUACUCUUCCAAACAUUUUUCUGAAAGCAAGUCAUUUAUACAUCAUUACUGUCGCAGAUGAACCUAUUUCAUCGUUAGAUGACAAUUUGUUCUCGUCAGAUUUCAGCUCCAACUUCCAAGUGAUGCGGAUGAAUAACACCAAAUUAUCCCGCGUUCCAUCCUGUAUUUCAAAAGUCAAAAGUAUUAAACGACUGGAAAUCACAUAUAGUAAUAUUUCAUCAAUUGGAGACAACGAUUUCAAUGGCAUGACGGACCUGAACACCCUAGUCUUAUCGGGAAACCCCCUGACUGAAAUAUCUGAUGGAGCCUUUCAGAAGAACGAGAGGCUGAGCUUCUUAGUUUUUGAGGAAACGAAGCUACAAAGUAUACCACGUGCUAUUCAGAACUUAACGUCGCCCCAGCUCCUGAACUUAUCGGGGUGUUCUAUCCAAUGUACGUGUGAAAAUCUUGGUUGGAUGAAGAAUUGGAGAACUAGACCGACAUAUUUUCAAAUCGUUGGAGGAUGUAGCAAUAUGCAUAGGGAUCUGAUGAGCUAUGUUAACGAAGAAAUACCAAAAUGUCCGAAUAAGUAAUUCGAUGAAAUUGAAUGAGAUACUUG